AUGGACAGCGUAGUGAAGGAAUUGAUUGUGUUGCAGGUGAUCUACGCUCUGAUUGUCCCCCGGGUUGAAGACGUGGACAGAAGCAGAGAGGAAAGCAUCGGCAGCUUCAGUUCUGGGAAUUCGGGCAUCUUCUCUGGCAAGAACGGCAACAGCACUUUGUCUAUGGGGAACAGUAGUGGCAGUGUUAGUUCCUCCUCUUCGAGUGGCCUGAAUCUCUCUGACAACAGGAUGAUCAGCAGCAACAUCAAGUUGUCGCUGGUCAAAUUGACGAACGAGAUCCAAAACAGUCUGCUGAUCAACCAGCUGAUGGAUAUUAGCAAGGAGGCCAAGUUGAACAUUAAGGACAUUUUGACAAUAAUCAAGGACUUGUUCCCCCUGCAGAGGACAAUUCUCGUUGACGGACAGCUUAGCUUCCAUAAUUUGAAGGUCAAGGAUUUAAAGAGCCAGAUAGUGUUCAAGUACGAAGAGUUCAAGAGGCGACAGUGUGCCACAAUCGAGGCACUGGACGACCGGAUCCUCGAGCUGAGGAAAGUCGCGUCGCUGGACACAAGAAAUGCACCUCACACAACACCGUCUCCGACGAACUCCACGCAGCAGCAACAACAGCACGCACAUUCGUUUAGUUCCCCGUUGCUUCCUGGAUCGGCCGCCUCAUCUGCAUCGCAAAGACCGGCGCAGGCGGUCAACAAGGACCCGAAGAGAGAAAAGCUGUUACAGCUGUACAGGGACACUGUGCUGAACAAACUGCAAGCAAAGACGAAGAUCCUCGAUAAGUUGUACCUGUCCUUGAAUUACACGGAGAUGGACAAGAUCGUGUACCACUUGAUCGAGCUAGAGAAGAUCAAGAAGACUACACCCGUGAGCGUGCACCACUUGCAAUUGAUCCUGCAGAAGAGCGUCACGGACGGCAUAAUGUCGCACCCGACGGGGGACACUACUUGGGAAACCGCACGACAACUACAACUGGAGCUCGACGACACAGUCCAGUUCAUGAGAAGGGCCCUGGAGUGA